AUGAGCAGAGGGUAUAAAGCUCCUCUGUUAGGAAGGGCGUUCUGAAAACUGGUAAAGAAGCAUAGGAUUGGUCUUUAUGCAGGCUCUUUUGAUCCUCCCUCAGUGGGCCACUUGGAUAUCAUCAAGAGAGCAUGAACUCUUUGUGAUAAAUUAUACGUUGGGAUAGGAAUUAACCCUGAUAAAAUUCCUGUGUUUACUGCAGAGCAUCGGCUUAAUCUUCUCAGCAAGAUUACUAACACCAUAGACCAUGACAUUGAGCCAGUCUUUGUAGAAGGACUUGUAUCUGAGUAUGCUAAAGCCCAUAAUGUGAACUUCUUGAUCAGAGGUAUUAGAAGCCAUGCUGAUCUUGACUCAGAAAUCUUAAUGGCUCUGAUGAACAGGAAGUUUUCUGGAAUAGAGACUGUCAUGCUCAUGGCUAAGGAGGGGAAAGUUCAUAUUAGCUCAACGAUGAUCAGAACUAUUGCAAAGAACCAAAGAAAGCUAUGAAACUUUAUUCCACCAGAAAUUGAAGAGGAAGUGUACGAACAUUUAUUCAAAAAGUUCUCAAACGGUUCAAGAUAAUUAUUUUA